AUGACCGCUCUGCACACUCAUCUUGCUUCUGGCUAGAUUUAAUACCCACAUCAUGGAUAUAAGAUAAUUUGCAUAGAAAGAAAAAAGAUCUAAGCUCUGUACAGUUCAGGGGAUAAAGAUCAACAAUGAGUGAAAAGGAUGUAAUCUUUGUACGGGAAGGAAUCGCCCCUGCACCAAGCAAAGACUACUUUUAUCUUACCAUCAACAAGAGCAAAGAGUUGACCUUGCGUUCAUGGAACAUCAACCUACGAAUUGGCACAAAYCGUUCGCCUUCUCAAUCCAUAACCUCUUACCAAGAAUUCUUAGAGGCAAAAACGCUUCAGUCAGAGAUAGCACGAGUAUUCGGACGCGAGACACUCGACCAUGUCAAAGAUGUAUUGUCCGGUUCGAGUCAUGCAACAUUUGGAGAUUUGCCGGAAAAUGUUGUGAAAAAAAUAUGUCUGAAGCUGGAGUUGUGUGAAAUUGGCCGMCUUGGUCAGACUUGCAAACGACUGAAAUCCAUGUGUUAUAGCGAUGAUUUGUGGUUUCAUCUCCACCAAAGAUUYAACGAGUACGUAUCACCAGAAAUCAAGGACGUGGCCAAAAUUAUUGGAUGGAGAACGAUCUUCAUUUCAAGUGCACUGCACMURAGACGAUUCAAGGACACAUUUGACACGAAAUCUUUUGUUAUCUAGCAGGUUUUAAUUGAUUCGGAACCGUCUCACAUAACGGGUCAUUUSCCUGCUACAUAYUACAARUAAAUUAUUAUUUUUUCAAGCAUUCUUCAKCWGACAUUUAUCGUUUGGGGUUAUUUUUUUAUUUUGUACACACGUUUAAUAAGUCGGCUUAAAAUUGAAAUAAUAAGUAAAAUUAAAAUGCGGAAUGCUCAGYWACAKCAUGA